CCCGCGGCCGCUCCGCGCCCGGCGGCGGAGGGCGGGGAGGGCGCGUGGAGCCGGGGACACGCACACGGACACGCACACGCAGCGCGGCCCCGCAGCGCGGCUCUGCGGCCAAACCCCGCCAACAAAGACCCCUCCGCCCCCCUCGCCGCCGCCCCCCGCGGGAUGUAGCCGGGCCGGGAGCCCCAGCGAGGCAGCGGCCCCGCCGCUCCGUGCCCCGCAGCGAGGCCGGGAGGCGGCGGGCUCAGAGGCGCUGCCGCCACCAUGGGCAAAUCCAACAGCAAGUUGAAGCCUGAAGUUGUGGAAGAGCUGACCAGGAAAACGUACUUCACAGAGAAGGAGGUGCAGCAGUGGUACAAGGGCUUUAUCAAGGACUGUCCCAGCGGGCAGCUCGAUGCCGCCGGCUUCCAGAAGAUCUAUAAGCAGUUCUUCCCCUUCGGUGACCCAACCAAAUUUGCCACCUUUGUUUUCAAUGUCUUUGAUGAGAACAAAGAUGGGAGGAUCGAGUUUUCAGAGUUCAUCCAGGCGCUGUCCGUCACCUCCCGGGGGACGCUGGACGAGAAGCUGAGGUGGGCGUUUAAGCUGUACGACUUGGACAACGACGGAUACAUCACGAGGAACGAGAUGCUGGACAUUGUGGAUGCCAUUUAUCAGAUGGUGGGGAACACAGUGGAGCUUCCCGAGGAGGAGAACACACCAGAGAAGAGGGUGGAUCGGAUUUUUGCCAUGAUGGACAAGAACGCAGACGGGAAGCUGACGCUGCAGGAAUUUCAGGAGGGCUCCAAGGCCGACCCCUCCAUCGUGCAGGCGCUCUCCCUCUACGAUGGGCUCGUAUAGUCCCGGGGCCGAGCGGCGAUGCCUGGGGGAAGAUGCUCUCCGUGCCAUCCGACCACCGCCGUGCGAAGCUUGCCUGUCCCUCCCGGCCUUCCUUUCUGUUCUGCGAGCAAGGAGUGCCCUCAAAGCGCGAGCUCACUCCCCCUCUCUGCACUCUGAACCAGCCGCUGCCAUUCGCCAACUUCCGCUUUUUCCAAAAAAACCCCGCGCCAGACCCCGGUCUGAGCGGCAGCGAACGUCCAAGACUUCAGGGCCGGGGGAAUGGCUCGAGCAUCGCCGCAGGCAGAGCCCCCUCUCGGCCUCCUCGCCCCCUUGGCUCCCUUUUUCCUACGUUUUCGGAUGGGACUGCGGAUGCGCCGGCGGGGUCCUCUCUUGGGAAGCGGCCGGAGAGGAGCCCGAAGGUACCGGGGGCUGCACCCCCAGGGUCGGUCCCUGCGGGGUGGCCGGGGAGCCGAGGCACCGACGGCGAUUGGGAACAGAGUCCUGGCGUCACCCACGAUGCCGCUGGCAGCCCGGCUCGGCUCACUAGGGAUAUAUAUUAUAUUAUUAUUUUAUUUUUUCUGGUGAGACAGUAUUGUGCUUUUUGGUUUGGUUUGGUUUUGUUGUUUUGUUUUUUUUUUUUUCCCUUCGGUGGAAAAAAGUGAGGCUUUUUUUUUAUAUGCCUAAUCUCAACGAUCGAUAUCCUUAUUUAUUUGUUGUAAAUGUUGCUGCUGUGUUUUGUCUCUCGUGUGUGUGUGUCCACCCACCCAGGUGAGGAUUUGUAAGGUUUACAUGCUCAUAUUGUGGGGACCCGGGAGCCUGCAAUAACAAUGAAGCCAAAAAUCUGCCUUCCCCCCUCUCCUCCCACCCCCCAUAUCCCAAGCUCCGUGGGCUGGCUGCUGCUUGGAGGGGAUGCUGUAGCUUCUUUUCCUCUUCCUGUUCCCGUGUUCCCUGCAUUUUUCUCUUCACCCUUCCCUUAGGGAGCUCAGUGAGGGCUCACUCAGCCCAGCCUCUGAGCAGACCAAGCUCCAUCCCUCAGUUGGGCAGGGUGAGGAAACUGCUGGGCACCAGAACAUCCCUAUUUCCUCCCUUUUUAUUCAUUUUCUCACUGCAUGAAAAAGUAUUCAUGGAGCCCAGAGUUGGGUUUUGCUUUCAAGCAGAUUCCUUUGCUAUGUUCUGCUUUGCAAAAGGUGGGAGGUGUUUGGUGGUGGCUGUGAAGCAUCCUGUGUGCUGGAGGGGCAGAGGGGGAGCCUUGCUCUGUCUUUCUCCGUCCCCCCAUCCCAGCUGGGACAGGGUGACCGGGGAGUGCCAGGCUGGGCUGAGCACAGCUCGGGGUGUCUCCUUCCCCCACCACUCCCACAGGACAUGGGAGGUUUUGCUGUGACCCCAAGCAGAGCUGCUUGCACCCACCUUGGAGGAGACAAAAGGCUGGGAAUACACACCUGGGGACACUGGGCUGCAGCCCCCCCAUCAUGGCCUCUCCAAACUCCAUCAGCACCCAGCACCCCUCGGGGAUGUGCCCCCAGCUCAGCCCCAGCAGCACCCCCACGGUGGGACACAGUUGGCAUGUCUGCUGGAGAAUGAGCAUUGCAUGGGUGAUGCCUCUGCUGCUCUGGGAAAGGAGGGAUGAGCAUUCCUUCAGGAGCAGAGUGCAGGAAUCCUUUGGGACCCCUAAUGCCACGCUGGGGCUCACCCUUCCAUCUCUGGUCCAGCUGAUGGUAGCAGCAUCUUUCCACCCAGCUGUCUCCCAGCUCCUGUGGCUAAGCCCAGGCAGAGGACUGUCCCCAUGGCAAUGGGAGGUGACAUCUGGAUGUGGAGGACAGUCUGACAGGUGUCUCACGAUGCAGGAGACAAGGUGGUGCCUCAGCAUUCCCUGAAUCCUCCUGGCGUGGCAGGGACAGAUGUCCCAGCCAAGGGGUGCUGGUUCUUCACCGUGCAGCCCCACUCCCCAGUUUUGGGAUUUUGUGCUUGUGGUACUUCUUGAUGCCUGUAAAAAAACACCUUUCCCUAUCCCCAAGGAGACUGACCUCACAUCCACGUGCAAUAUUUCUGCCUCUUCUGCAGUUCCUGCCCCUGAGGAUGCCCAUGUUUCAUUGUGGGGGUGCUUCUGGAGGGUGUCCCUCACUCACUCCCAUGGAAACCCAUUUCCUUGUUGUUCUGUGGCCAAAAUGCAACUCUCUGGGGUAGGUUUUUGCAGUGCCUGCAACUUGUUGAAUGCUCAUCUGCCAGACUGGUCCCCUCCUGGUGCCAAUCAAUGUUCCCAAUGAAUGUGACACUGCUGUAAUCACCUCUGCUGAUGAAUGAUGGCCCCUGCCACUUUUGACAUAGUUCCCAGGCAAAGGCAAACCUCAUUUACUCUGACACUGUUCCCCUGGAAAGCUUUUAAUUUUUGGAGGACCUGUCAUGGGUUGAGCUCCAUCAGUGCUCACAGAUGUCUCCCCAGGGAGUCAGCCCUGCCAGGGCUCUUGGCACGCUGACUGUCCCCGAGCAAAGCGUUUCGGCUCCACUGUUCCCCCUUGGCUGUGGAUUUGGGAUCCUGGCUUGGAUGCUUCUAGUCCUGCUUUUGGGGAGCACUGAGGGCCCCUGAUUCCUCCUGACCACCACCAGGAUCUGCAGCAUCUUGGUAUCACUGAAAAUAAGGCUUGAAGCAUCUCGUGCUUGGAAAUGUUGGCCUUAACCUCCUCGUGCCUCAGUUUCCCCAUCAGUGGAGUGGCUGGGGUGAGCCAUCCCCCUCUGGAAAGCAGUUUGGUGUCUGUGCCCUGGCAAGCACGAGUGCUGGAUACGGCUCAGGACUGCGGGCACAGGGCUUGGCAGGACCCACCGAGCAUCAGGCAGGUGCAGAACACCGGGAACAGCGCGUGGAACGCUGGCUUUGUCAGGGAGUCUUUAAUUCCAGCCUCUGUUUUACACCUGCUCAUGAUGAAACAGGCAGCAAGCCCUGGUUUGUUUCUGUCCAUACUCGGGUUCCUGGUGCCUGUCCAAAAUAGAGCCCUGGCCAUGAGAAGGGGGCCCAAAGCACAGCCAGGCAGAGGUGAGGGUCCAGCCCUGGUGACUGUGGCAUGUGCCCCCCUCUCAUUUGUCCCUGUCGGUGUUGCCCCAUUAAAUGCCAUGUCUGUACUUUCCUUUCUUUUCACUUUUCUGUCUGUGUGCUGAUUGUUGCUGCUUUGUAUCUGUCUUUCCUUGAGCUCUGGGGCUGGGCUGAGCUGAGCUGUUUCCCCCAGGAGCAAGAAUGUGGGAGAGGGCUCUGGGGGCAGAUUCCCCCCUGCCCUCUCCUCACAGCUCAAACCAGGACCCAAGAGAGAGAGAGAAGUGAAGGGUUUUUCCUCGGGAGCAGGCUGUUAAUUAAUGCAAUUUAUAACGAGACCAGGCUGGUCCCAGGAGCGCUCUCUGUUGGGUUGGUGGAGGGGGGUGUUCGCUUAUGGGGGACCCCAAACCCUCUUUGUGCCAGGUACCAGCUGCAUCUCACCCUCCUUCACAGGAGCAGAUGCCUGUUGGUUCUUCCCGUGCCAUCAGGACACCACAUUCCUGUUGGAUGGGAGGCUGAGGUUGUGGAAGGUUGUGGAAUCCCAGCCCAGGUCGCUGCUCCUCAGUGGGCAGGGAUGCAGCUGCCCAGAGGUGGAAUUGUCUUGGAAUCUUGGGAUCUGGCUUUGAGCCCCGCUUGGAGCAGGGCUGGCUUUGAAGCAGGGCCAGGCAUGGCAUGGGGGCAGCUGAAAUCACUGGCAGAGCUGCCCCCUUCCCAUGUAUUUAGGGCUGGGGGGUCAUUUGGGAUGGGUGAGUGACCUGCAGCCCGCUCACUGUCCCCCAUCCAAGGAGGAGAUUUGGGACAUUUAGUGAGAGCAUCUGUCACCUGUCCUUCCCGAGGGCAUUGGAGGGGAGAGCCUGGCUGGGACAGAAGCGAGGGCUGAGGGCAAAGGAGGGAGCUGAUGGCUCCAGUCUCAGUGCAGAGUUUGGGAUGCAGCAGUUUUGGGGUCUCAGUUACACAUUUCAGCCCUGCCUAUUCCAGCAGCGCUGCAGCAAAGUCAUCCCUCCCUUCUCUCUCUGCUUCCGUGGCCACCAGCCCUGGGCUGGGUGCCCUGUGCCACAGGUGUGACCCCUGCCCAGGGGGUGGCCGAGCCCUGGGCUGAGAAGCAGCAGCUCCAGCAAAGAGCCUUGUUUGUGAAGAUGAAGCCUGUGUGUGCGUCCGUGCCGGUGUCUCGGCUUGCAUGCCCCGCUGCCUUGUCUUGAGAUGAAUUCAAGAGCAAACCAAGCAAAUGAAACAGUUUAAUAACAGAACAAAACAAAACCCAGGAACUUUGUGACAGUGGAAAUAAAAGCUUAAUGACAGUAACGAA